AUGGUUACGCAACCUGCGUCUGCUGCUGAACGCCGCGGACAACGCCCCCCGCGCGUGUAUAAGCGCACCAUCAUCGAACUACAUUUAGAGGUGCUCAACGAAUGUGAAGUGGCCGCAUGCGAAAACGUCAAAGACGACUAUUUGCAAAUUGUCGUGGAGGAGUUUGCGCAGCAUUUGAUGCGGGACGGAAAGGGGUAUAGUAGUUCCUUGGAUGCUCCUAUCACAAACCAGGAUUUAUCAGGGAACAAUGUUGCAUCCACCCUCGAUCCACCCACUGACACCGCUGUAACGGAUGCAUGCCCAUUGAAUGACCCCGAUACAUGGAGUUGUAUGGAAACCAUACAGUUAGAACAAGAAGAGACUCCUUUUCUCCUUCCAUCCCCUUACCCGGGGAAUUAA